AUGGAGCUCUUUCGCGACUACACAGUUGAGCAAGCUCUGCAACACACUUAUCUAAUGGAUAUCGUUCUCGCAUUUACGUCCCUGCACAGCGCGAGCAAAGCAUCAGAGGCCAGCACUGUACACGAGCAUGUCGCCGCCGCCCUCCACUACCAAAAUCGAAGUAUAACCGAGUUCAACGAAACACAGUCGCUCGUCAAGAUAUCGGAAGAGAGCUUCGAUCCUGUUUGCCUCAUGACUUCUCUCCACACAGUGACCACACUGGUUGCAGCUCUGACACCUGCAACUCCGGGCGAGCAGUUGGAACCAAUAGUCGAAAUAGUAAAGCGUGUCAGGACGUACGCGCUAUGCUUGAUGGACAUGGUUAAAGGGCAUCGCGUCUGGGCUGAAAAAAGUGAGCUUAAACGAAUUACCGACAGCCCUACUGUACUACGAAUCGAGGAAGGCCAUUCGUUCUCGGCGGACCAGAUGCGGGAGUUGACUGAUGCUAUACUGGCGAAUAUCGAUCUUGACGAUAGUGAGACCCCAUUCUUCCGUACUACACUAGAGCAACUGGAGAAGUCAUACGCUAACAACAAUGGGCGUUCGGUCAUCUCUUGGCUGGUGUUGGUGGAGCCUAUUUUCUUUCAGAAAGCUGAAUUGGGAGAAACUGCAGCUUUGGUAAUAUUGGCAUGCUGGGGUACACUCAGUGUUAUUCUGGAGGAUAUAUGGUGGUCAAAGUAUGCUGGCAGGAGAAUUGUGGAGGAACUUUCUUCCCAGUUCAAUGGCUGUGAUAGCCGCUGGAAUGGAAUCAUGCAAUGGUGUUACAAGCAAGCAAGAAUACAUGGGUUGUAG